AAUACUUGAAAAUUCCAAUGGCAGAAGCAACAUCGAAAUUGGACUUUCAAAUGAAGGAACUCAAUACUCCUGCACGUUUGGUGGAAUCUGAAGCUCGUGUGCCGGGCUCUCAAGCUCGUGUGGUGGAAUCUGAAGAUCGUGUGCCGGGCUCUCAAGCUCGUGUGGUAGAGACUGUAGCUCGUGUGCCGGGCUCUCAAGCUCGUGUGGUGGAAUCUGAAGAUCGUGUGCCGGGCUCUCAAGCUCGUGUGGUGGAGACUGAUAAGUGGAAAUGCGCUGUGAAACUGUUUGCACUAUUUUGCUUUACCGCUUCCUAUGUGUUCUACACAGGUUUGGCUGCCUUAGCAUUUUAUCUACUGUCUCAUGGCCUUCCUGUUGAACCAAAACGCAGAAAGGAUAUGAACGCAUUGACUCUUUAUGACAUUGCUGUACGCAUCCGGAUUAUUUCGUUUAUUACGGUAGCUUCGUUCUUUGCCACAUUGGUUUUUAUUAUAUUUUCAAGUGUCAAAUUGUGUUCUAUCGAAAAAGAAAAGAGAAUGAAAAUUUUUCUGAGAUACGUCCAGAAAUAUGCCUCGGAAAUUGCUGUGCAGCCUUACAUUAUUCUUCUAGCUGUUUUGAUUUGUGUAUAUCCGGAAACCAAGUUUGACGACGAUGAAAAACUCUAUUACAACAUUGGGGCGAUUUUAUUGUAUUUUAUUGUAGGUUAUUUGACCGUUGCUGAAUUGAGUAUUGAGAAAGCGUCAAUGUUUUCUCCUAGGGAAACGAAGAUUCUUUACGUUUUAUGGGGUUUUUUCGCCCUUCUCCAUCUGUCCCCUAAUUUUUUUGGAUUAUAUAUAACCGUCUCCUGGGCAUUCGCACCGGCUGUUAGCUUUUCCGGGCAGUGCUGUGCGAUGCGAUGUGCGUACUUUCUGGGUAAAAUUAAAAGUGGCAAAGUGACUGGCAAUACACAGAGUCAUGAGCAGAAUAAUAUGCAGAACCGUGAGCAGAACCAUGUGCAGAACCACGAGCAGAACGUCGAGCAAAACCAUGUGCCGUAGAAAUCUACUAAGAACACUUCCAGAAUCACAAUAUGUUCUCUGCCUUUCUGCGUUCUUUAUCCGUAAAUUUCUCUCAAUGAAUCUGUCUCGUGUUU